AGUACAUGACGUCUCGAAAAGUCCGCAGUGUUGGAAUUUAGAGAAUCUGUGCACUCAGUCUCCGGGGUUUAUGACCCAGUGAGGAGAUGAAUGUUUUCCUGACCAGAAACGUGCAAGGUUCUACUUGAAUGCCAAGGAAAGCCUUGCUCAAGAAAUGAGCUUCUACCUGGGUUUCUAUCAUCCUUUCGAUGGUGGUCUCUUGGGGCUUUGUGAAAUAUGUGGCGCUGCUGUGAUCCCUUCUGCAUUGAAGCGUCAUGUUGAACAACGUCAUUCCGAGCAAUCGCUUAAACCGGCUUCUACUGAUCGGAAUGAAGCAGUCAAACCGAAGAAACCGACUGAAACUGCUGGGAAUAAAAGAAAUCGUCAGCCGAAGGUGUCAUUGAAGAAGUUGAACGCUGGACCUCCGUGGAAUAUUGAGGAAAAAUCGACAGGAAAGUCAGUUCCUAUAGAGGCUCCUAGCCCGAAGCCUCGAGCAGCACCUGGACCAAAAUCAUCUAAAGCUUACGUAAAACGGCGGCGGAAUAAGAAAGCGGAUGUGGUGUCGGUGCCAUUCCCUGUUCCUCUGCCUCCAGAAAGCCUCCCCAAUCCGAUUGUUGCUAUUCCGAAGUUGGAAAAUGUUGAUUUAGGGGAUGGAUGGGGCUCAAGAGUAGGCUACGAUGGAAGAUUGUCGCAAGCGAUCGAAUCCGCUGAUGACGCUCGACGUGGUAAAGGAUCUUUAUCUGAUCUCAUCCAGUCCUCGGAACCAGAUUCGAGAAAAUUGCCGUUCAAUCGAACUGGUGGGAGAAUAUCUACGAUCGGGGCUCCGAAGAAGUAUAACACACCUGCAUUUGUUCCGUUUCGCUUGAAGCCUCCUGUUUCCAGCGAUAAAGUUCGCGAUGUUAUUUUCGACGAUGCAGACUUGGAUGAAGAUGAUGAUGAGAAUCUCAUCCGACUGAUGAAAGAUGUGAAGCAUAUGCAAAUACAGUUUCAAGAUUCCCCGGGAAAGUCAAGUUCUUCAUGCCCAAAGGUUGCUUUGUGCCAGACUCCCGUCAGAAAUCCCCUCUCUUCCUCGUUGCACCUGAAGCCUCAGUCAACAUGUGAGGAUGCGGUUUUCCCGAAUGGCCAAGUGAACUAUCCUCUUGGAUUCCCCGCAACGAGUGCAGACUUUCCCGGUCCUGAAAAUGGCAAGGAAAUGCACGGUCAUCGUCCCUUCACGAUACUCGAUUUCGACGGGAACCAAUGUGAUCAAGUACAACGUCAAAGUCUGAGUCCAACCAGUUCUCCACCUCAUCUUCUACCUCAUCCGAAUUCCUGGUCAAAUCCUCCCCAGCUCCACGCAUACGGGCUAUUUCGAGAUGGACCCGCUUUUUUCGACGGACAUCACAAGUUCUAUAGGAUGCGUAAGAAGUGGCGAAAAUCAAUGGAAUCUAUGAAGGAAUUGUCUAAGAAGGUUAAGAAGAAAGUCGAUCUUCCAGGUGGAGCUAGUUUUCAGUUUACCUCAGCCGUGAAUCGAGACACAGCUGAUGAUAAUUUGAGUCUUGAUUCGAUUGACGGAGUGUCAUUCGGUGAAGGUCCUGGUCCUUCAUCUAGCCUAGAGAGGAGAGCGAUAAAACGGGAGAACGAUUUCUCUAACGGUUUCUCGGAUGGUAUCUGUGAUCCUUCAGCCCCGGCUGAGCUGCUCAAUUCAAUGAUCAGCGCGGCGAAGAAACCAAAACUUUCCGAGUCGGAUAAUGCAGUAGAACCACAACCAACCAUGAGCAUGGUCUCAAACGGGUGUAUCAUACCUCCUGAAGAACCCAAUGGACGUACAAUAUCUGGACCUGCUCUGACUGCCACUGUAGAAUAUUCCGGGGGUCGGGCCGUACGGUUAAACCCCGGGGAUGACGCUGCGCAAGUGCAGUACUCGAGUGAUAGCUUGCACGAGGCUUUGCUGAGCUCAGCGAGGUUGGCGGGAAGAUUUUUUCGUGGGCCGUUACUGGCUGAAGACGCGUUGUCGUCCAGAUCCCACCCGCCAGCAGGACCAAGUACCUCGAAUACGGACACCCGCUUCUCCAUACCGAAUGAUUUACAGUGCAGCGAUUACGUCGUGGAACUGUCGAGAUGCAACUUGGAUCCUCUUACACGUGCUUUUACAGUGGAGAUUGAUAGCGGUCAGAUCGGGUCCUGGAAAACAACUGCUGGUUUACGAUCAGUUUUUGCACUGACUGACGCUCAUAGUGCUGCGAUGGUCGAGUUCUACCGAGUCCUUGGAUUGGAAAAGAAUUGUACCGCGCAAGAUAUCAAAAAAGCAUCGAGAAUUGAUUCCAUCCGUCUCUCCAGGUACCGCAAACUUGCCCUAAAAUGGCAUCCGGACAAAAAUCCCAGCAACCAAGAAGAAGCCAAUCGUCGAUUUAAAGAAAUCUCAGAAGCAUAUGAAGUUCUCUCGGAUGAGUGUCGGAAUGAAUUUGAAGAAUCUAGGCGAAAAAGCUAUGAUUUGCGUGGUUCUCGGGACAAGGGCGAGAAACUGAGAAGACGACAGACCUUCAGCUUUCCCUUCUCUCCUUCGUUUCGUCGUUACUAUGGGUCACAUUUUGGACGUCAUCAGAGCCGUUCACGACCUGGGACCAAAAGUGGUUCCCGCUCGCAUCACGAACUUAGCACCAAUUUUUCACCUUUUUUCGACUUGUUCGCUGGCUUCGGUUCAGAUCCGUUCGGAUCUACUGGGAUGAGUUCAAACCCAGGAUAUGUCGAUCUCACCACUUUCUCCUCAUCGUCGGGAGGUGGCGGGGUAUCAAAACGUACUACAACGUCUACCAAAUAUGUGAAUGGUGUAAAAAUACAGACGAAGAAAGUGACCGAGAACGGGAUUGAAACCGUAAUGGUUUACGAGAAUGACUCAUUGAAGUCGAAAACCAUCAACGGCAAGCCGCAACCUAUUGGACGUUAAAUGAAGACUUGCGCCGCUUUGUUUGUAACAUCUUAUUGACAAAUCAACUCUAAAUAAGCUUUCUUGCGCUUCUAUGUCUGCUCAAUUCCUUGAAUAAGUUAAUCUGGUUGUAUCAAGAAACCUUUAACCUCGACGUUGACCUCUUUCCCAAAACUUGCUGUGGUCUCUCUAGGAAAGGGUUAUCAGGUUCACCGAACGUCUUAUGUUAUCCAAUGUUCUUUCGACAGGCGGCCCCUAACGCUCAAUGUUCAAGAUAUGUUUCAUUGUGAGGCCGUUAGUGCUUUGCAUGUUGUGAAAAUUUAGGAAAUGUGUUCUCUGUAUCUUCGUGUUUUUUAUCCUUUUGCGCAAUGACCAGGUGUUCGCCUCAGUUCAUCGUUUGCCAAGCUUCUUCGUGUGUGGAAGAGAUUCCGACGUGACACAUUUCUCUCAUUUUGCCGAUGAAACGGGACUCAGUUGGUUUGUGAGCGAACUAGAUCGCCGUUCAAAACCUUUCCAAAUUGUUUUCGUCGAAUGACUGAAAUUCCCCAUGGCGUGUUGAGAGUUAUUGUCGUUCCCUGUCAGUUCGUGGGCCAGUCAGUUAUUUUGUUCGGAAUGAGACCUUCUUCCAUCGCUUUAUGUUCCUUUCUUUUUUAUCGAAGUUUAUUUUCCUCUGGUCUUUCCAAGCCCGUUUUCCAAUGAGAGUACCAUGUAGGUUAAACCCGUUCUGUGAUCGCGGAUAUUUUGUUGUGUGGAUGAACGGUUUGAGGAUGGGUACGAUAGUUCAGUUUUCCUGAAUUGUCUCCUGUGCGUUUGGUCUGUUGAUCGAGCACGUUUUAAUCACCUCUGAAUGCAUGAGAAAUUCGUUGAUGAGCCACGAGGUUUGAAGUUGGAACUUUGAAGACUCGCGGAGUUCGUGAAAUCCUGUCGGGGGGCUGAAUCGUGUGAACUGCAUGAUUAAUGACUGUUCGCGAGUUUUUUUCUUUUUUUUUAUUUUUUAAUGGGUUAAUCGAUUGUAACCAACUUGAUCGUGCAACAUCCUGAAAUACUCGAAUACAGCUAAGUAAGAUGCUCCUAUAUGCAGAUAUUCCGCGCUCCUUAGCUUUGACCCACUUUAUAUCCGACUUUUGUUUCAGGAUGGUAGAAUGUAAGAACUGCUCCUCUAUUAGAAGAACAUAUGCAUAAUGUCUAGAUGAAUUACAUGCGAGUGCAUUCCAUCAUUUAAAAACAUUUAAUAAGCUAGGAAUCGUCCUUUCUCCGUAUAUGCCCCCCCCCCCCUU